AUGUCGCGCGACAACGUCCUCUGCCCACGGGCGGUUCAGGACCUCAUCGCCGACGGCCACAUCAUUGUCAUCUACGACGAAUAUGUACUGAAGCUGGACUCGUGGCUGGAGAGGCAUCCCGGUGGCAGUCUGGCCAUUCUUCACAUGGUUGGAAAGGAUGCGACGGACGAGAUCAAUGCGUACCACAAACCCCCAACAUUAAAGACCAUGAAGGCUUUCCGUAUUGGUCGCAAGCCUCCCGGCAUCUGGACGAACACAACACCACCAAUUCGCGGUGGCGUCUACGUCAAGGAGCCCGAGGAGAAGCCCGCUGUCGAAUCCACCAUCCCCACCGACGUAUCCGAUGCCGAGGACUCUUCAGUUUUGGAGACGAGCAUUAGUGAUAUCUCCGAGUCGCGAAGCACGGGCACAGCUCCUACUUCAGAGGAUAGCUGCGGAGAGGACCCCGAGGAGACCACAAUCGAGCGCAUGGGCGAGACAGAUGGCGAGACAUUCAGAUUCCGGUCUGCCAAGAAGAUUUAUGUUGGAAAGAAGGACCCUCUGGCAUUUACCACCUGGGCCGAGAAGCAGGAUGAGGCCCGCGACAUCCUCGAGUAUCCCUCUGUCGACCCAGCUGUGCAGCAAGACAUUGUCAAGAAAUACCGCGAGCUCCAUGAAAAGGUUUACGAACUCAACCUCUACGAGUGCCCCUACAUCGAGUAUGGCAAGGAGAUGUGCCGCUACACCACUCUGUUCGUCGCUUCCAUGACCGCUCUCUAUAAUCAGUGGUACUUGACAUCAGCUUUCUUCCUGGGCUUGUUCUGGCAUCAGAUCAUGUUCGUUGCGCACGAUGCCGGCCAUCGCGCCAUCACCGGAAACUUUGUUAUCGACAGUCUAAUUGGCAUGUUCGUCGCCGACUUUUGCUGCGGUCUUUCGAUUGGUUGGUGGAAGAGCAGUCACAACGUUCACCAUCUCAUCACCAACAUGCCCGAGCACGAUCCCGAUAUCCAGAACGUCCCUAUCUUCGCCACCUCGCCCUCUUUCUUCCGGAGCCUUCACUCGACCUACUACGACUUCACCUUCAUCUGGGACGCCGCUGCCAACUUCCUUGUACCCUUCCAAAAGUACACCUACUACCCUGUCAUGGGCAUCGCGCGCUUCAACCUCUACCUCCUCUCGUGGCUGCAUGUCCUUUCUUCCAAGGCCUCGUCCCUCGGAAGCAGCAAGGCGUGGUGGAUCCGCCCCGCUGAGAUCGCCAUGAUGUCUUGCUACUGGUACAUCUUUGGUUACCUCCUCCUCUGGUGCACCCUUCCCAGUUGGCCCGUCCGAAUCGGAUUCGUCCUUGUCUCGCACAUCGUCACCAUGCCCCUCCACGUCCAAAUCACCCUCUCCCACUGGGCCAUGUCCACCUCUGACCUCGGCGAAUCCGAAUCCUUCCCCCAGCGCCAGCUGCGCACCACCAUGGAUGUCGACUGCCCCGCCUGGCUCGACUUCAUCCACGGCGGUCUCCAGUUCCAGGCCGUCCACCACCUCUUUCCCCGUGUACCCAGACAUAACUUGCGCAAGGUCCAGACCCUGGUCAAGCAAUUCUGCGCCGAGACGAACAUCCCAUAUGUUCUUCUCAGCUUCGAGGAUGGCAACAAGAAGGUCCUGAACAGGUUGCAGGAGGUGGGCGACCAGGUUGAGCAUUUGAUCAACUGCCAGAAGUAUAUGGCUGCUACCGGCGAGAGCGGUUUGCAUUGA